GCCACAUCACGUGGGCAGAGUACUCACUCAGGAAAUAACUCGAUCUGUAACUGCAUCUAAAAUAGGAAGAGGUAGCAGUGUUGCCAGCAGUGUGCAAGGAUUUCUCUUCUGUUUCGUCUACAUCUGUUCGUUCCUUCUAAUAUGAUGUCAACAUGAUUCAUUUGUAUCAAAAUGUCACAAUUAUUCACAUUAUUUCCAUUUUUUUUAUCAACUGUUUCAAAAUAAAUCUUAUUAUUAACUGUUUUAUUUUCUGAUAAAAAAAAAAACGUUAUUCACGUUGGCCUAUAUGUUAAUGCCAGCUGAUGAACUGAACCACUAGCGUUACAAGGAAGUGUUAACGUGCACGUCUGUCUGCUUCUACCCAUGUUGUGCUGUUCGCUAUUAGAAACGGAGAAUUAUCAAAAUAAUAUAAAUCUAAAGAACAGCGCGUGAGAGGUAACCUCCUGAGAGACGACAUAAAAACAAAGUUUACUCACCUGUGCAAUGGCGAGUGAACGCUCCCCAAAUGUUUAUGGGGGUCCUCCUCCCCUGUCAGAUCUUAGACUCCUGCUGCUUGGGAGAGUAGGAGCUGGGAAGAGUACAGUAGCCAAAACCAUCCUAGGCAGAGAGAACUUCCGGAGUGAAGGAGGCAUGUGUGUGAAGAAGCAGGGUGAGGUGGCUGGAAGGACCGUCACCGUGGUGGACACCCCGGGCUGGGACACUGUGAAAUACACGUCCACACAUAUCAAACAAGAAAUUAAGAAUAGUGUGACCCUAUGUCCUCCAGGACCCCAUGCUCUUCUUCUGGUGGUGCCCAUGGGCGACCCGCUCUCAUCCGCAGAAAGAAAGGCGAUUCGGUAUCACAUGGAGCUAUUGUCAGUUAGGGCAUGGAAGUUUACCAUGGUCUUGUUUGUCAGUGAGGCUGAGGAGAAAUGCACAUCCAUUGAACAGAAUCAGAUGAUCGACAGAGCAAAAAGUAUUCUAGUGAAAUGUGGGGACAGACACCAUCUCCUUGAGUGUGGGCAUUCUCCACAGAUUUCUGAGCUCCUGAAAAAGAUAGACGCCAUGGUAGCAGAAAACUGUGAAGAAUUCUUAAUCCCCCAAGUAUACUAUGAACUGAUGGAGACCAUGCCAAGGGAAGUGACCGAGCUGAGAAGGAUGUAUGAAGACCGAGAGGACAGACUGAAACAGAAAUACAAAACAGAGUUGAAGGAAAAGGAAGAAGAGCUGAAGAAGUAUAGAGAAGAAGAGAAGCCUAAAGAAAGGUUGAUGAAGAGGACAAGUAGCAGUCAACUACUUCCCCCCAGUAUAAGCACAGAGAAGCAGGACGGGUCGGUAAUGGCUGACCAUCAGAAGGUGGACCUACAGGCCGUCAAGCAAGGAUACAGGGAAGAGGCCUUGUCUGUGGUGGGCCACUACGUCAAACCACUAAUAGUGAUUAUGACUGCUGUAGUGGGGGCACUCAUGGGAGCAGUUGCAGGUGCAGAACAUGGAACACUUGGCGCAUGUACUGGGAUUCCUAUAGGCAUUAUUUUGGCUGUUCUUGUGAGUUAUGCUGUCCGUGGAGCCGCCACAGCAGCAAGGGAUAUUUCCAUCACAGUCAAAGCCGAGGAAAAUGAAAGCCAGAGGAGAGCAGAGCGAGCAGGCUUCUUCUUAGAUUCUCCAAAAUCUAAAAGAUUUGAUAAGGAUCAGUGACAUCCUUUUGAAUGUCAACACUUUUCUAUUGCUACAGUGUGUAGUGUAUGGACUGUGCUGUAUGGACUGUGCUGUAUGGACUCUCAUGGUUCACCUGACUUGACUGGCUGACCCCAGUGAAGAGACAGGACAGACUGCCCAGCAAACCGGGAACAUACCCAGGACAUAAGAAAGGGUUUUUAUAUAAAAGUAGGACGUUCUCCUAACAUUCACAAAAGGUGUAACAACCACCUUUUGUGGGGGUGAAUGUCUGCACCCUUUGCGACCUGAUGGAUUGUGUUGAUCUGAGUCCUACUAUACUAUUAUCUGGUGUAGUCAUGUUGCCCAGUAGCUGUAGAUAUAUAUUUACUCUGACAGCCGCAGAAGAGAAGGAUGAUAGCAGACUUGAGAACUUCGGAAGACAUGAAUCAUAUUCUUCUCAGCUAUUUAAAUGAUCACUGUUCAAGGAUUUCACAGAGACACAUUUAACAUACAACACAGUAGGCUUGAGCACGAAUGCAUAUAUUUCAGUGAAUUAAAUAAACAAAUGUGAGAUGCCAUAUACUCUGUUGCAAUAAAAAAAAGUGAUACAUUGUAAGGAUGAAUUCAAAACGGUUCUGUUUUCAUAUUGUGCUUCAUUUCAAAACUGUAUCACCACAGAAAUGUCUCUGUUGACCCACAGUUUUCUCAUACUUGAUCACUCAAAAGUCUGCACUGAGGCGCUCACUAAACCAACCUUUUACAGCGCACCUCACCCUGGUACCCAGCUAACUAGGGGAUUUUUGCACUGAACAUUCUAUUCUGUAUUUAAUUCAUCUUUAACAUGAUUUAUUGAGCUAUAAAUGUUUUCUUUUUUAUUUCUGAUAUAAAACACAAAUCCUAGUA